AUGAAUGCUCUUCUUCGUUGCAUGAUUUCUCUUGUAUUAUUCUCUUCUCUUCUGAUAAAUCCUUGUUAUUGCUUCAAAAGGAAUCCAUUUAAUGUUUCUCAUUUUGAAAAGGAUAAGGAUGAUGAUGAUGAUGAUGAUAAAUGGCAAAAGGGAACAGCUACACAUUAUGGACCUCCAAAUGGUGCUGGAUCAACAGGAGGUGCAUGUGGAUAUGGUGAUACCGUAGAAAAAUAUCCGAUUAAUAAAAUGAUAUCUGCUGCCGGUGGAUCUAUUUUCCGUGGUGGAAAAGGUUGUGGUUCUUGUUAUAAGGUGAAAUGCACAGAAAAUAGUGAAUGUUCAGGAAAAUAUGUGAGAGUGACUAUAAGUGAUGAAUGUGGAGGAUGUGAUAAGGAUCAUUUGGAUCUAAGUUGCACUGCCUUUGCUUCCCUUGCAAAAAAAGGCGAAGAAAAUGCUAAAGAACUUCUCGAUGCUGGACGCAUUAAGAUUCAGUACAAAAGGGUUGCAUGCAAUUUUGGGAGGUCAAUAGCCUUUUUAAUUGAUAGUGGAGCCAACCCAUAUCAUUUUAUUGUUCAAAUACAAUAUCAAAAUGGAUAUGGUGACAUUGAAAAAGUUGAAUUGAAGCAUGGGCAUAAAUCAAAAGUAUGGGUUCCAAUGCAACAUUCUUGGGGUGCAAGAUGGUUUUUGAGCAAUAAUGGUGUACCGUUGAAACCUCCAUUUAGUAUUAAGCUCACACAAAGUGGAAAUGGAAAAUCCAAGACCUUUAAAGCUCGUAAAGUCAUUCCAAAAAGUUGGAAACCUGGCCAACUUUAUUGGUCACGUUCUAAUUUAUAG